AUGGGUCCCCCGGACGCAAUUCUAGGCGUCACCGAGGCGUUCAACCGUGACACGAAUCCGAAAAAGAUGAAUCUCGGCGUUGGAGCCUAUCGUGAUGACCAAGGAAAACCGUUCGUAUUGCCGAGUGUCCGAGAGGCUGAAAUGCGUCUAGUGGCCGAGCAGCUCAAUAAAGAAUAUGCGGGAAUUGCUGGACUUCCCGACUUCACAAAACUCGCGGCGAAACUAGCACUAGGUGAAAACUCUGAGGUGAUAAAGUCGGGUCGAAUCGCAACAAUGCAGAGCAUCUCUGGAACUGGAGCGCUGCGGAUCGGAUCCGAAUUCAUCGCCAAAUUCCAUCCGAAAAAAGUCGUCUACCAGCCUACUCCCACUUGGGGAAAUCACGUACCGGUGUUCAAAUUUGCUGGAGUAGACGUAAAGAACUACCGUUACUAUGACAAGAACACGUGUGGUUUUGAUGAGGCUGGAGCGUUGGAUGACAUCGCUGCAAUUCCAAAGGGAUCGGUAAUUCUGCUACACGCCUGUGCCCAUAACCCGACAGGAGUUGAUCCUACACGUGAGCAAUGGAAGAAAAUAUCGGAAAUCUGCAAGAAAAACGAGCUGUUCGUCUUUUUCGAUAUGGCCUAUCAGGGCUUCGCAUCCGGCGACGUUGACGGCGAUGCGUUUGCUGUCCGUUACUUCCUAGAUCAAGGACACAAUAUUUGUCUUGCACAAUCCUUCGCCAAGAACAUGGGACUCUACGGUGAGCGUGUCGGAGCCUUCUCAGUGAUCUGUGAGAGUCCGGAGGAAGCCAGUCGUGUGGCAUCCCAGCUGAAGAUCCUUAUCCGUCCUAUGUACUCGAAUCCACCUAUUAAUGGAGCUCGAAUCGUCACCAAAAUCCUUACUGAUCCGGCUCUCCAGAAGCAAUGGCAAGUACGACAUCUAUUUCCCACGGGAUUUAUGUUAAUACUCUUCGCGGAAAGAAUGGGUUUUAGCAUCUCCCAUUGCAGGUUGGUAGAUGUGAAGGGCAUGGCUACCCGAAUUAUUUCAAUGCGAAUUCAAUUGCGUGACCUGCUCGUAAAGCAGGGAUCCACCCGCAAUUGGAAACACAUCACUGACCAAAUUGGAAUGUUCUGCUUCACUGGAAUAAACCCUCAACAGGUGGAGAAGCUUAUCAAGGAGCAUUCGGUGUAUCUGACGAAGGAUGGCCGUAUCUCAGUGGCAGGGAUUUCGACCAAUAAUGUUGAGCAUCUCGCCAUGGCUCUGCAUGCCGUAACCAAGUAG